AAAAUGGGCUCCUCCAGUUGAUUGCCAAUAUCGCUUCAUCUUGGCUUCAAACAGAAAAUAUUGGGGCAACAAAGGAAAACUACCGACCACUUCUGAGGAUUCAAGGAAUGAAGUCACACUGGCCUCGAAGAGCUCUCCUUACCGUGCACCUUAGGAUCAUCAAAAGGAGGACAAUAAGUCAGACGUUUCUUCCAAUUGAUGACAUCCAUUUUUGCCUGAUUUGUUAAAAACAAGAAAAAAGCAAACGCCUGCUUUUGUCCUGCUUUUGAAGGGAAUGGAUCCCCGAUGAAGGAGGGGCGAGCUGCGAGCAAUUUCCCGAGCGCAUCAUCGCCCUCAUGUACGAGUAGUACCGUAUGUACGUACGUACGUACUGUAGGCACUGAAAAUGAGAGAAGAGCGUCGUGCAUGCUUUUCCUAUUACUGAGCUUUGGCCCGAAGAGGUCUUGAAAUCAGUGGAGCGCCUUUGGCUCACAUCACUCCUUUGCUGCGACUCAUUCAGUUGGAGAGACCUCGCAGAUUGAACAAGUCUUCCGUUCGAAUACAUGCACCACAUUGAGAUUGAUUUAGUGAGCAUUAUGCGUAUGUACUUAUCUACUCGAGGUGUUGAGUGAUUGUCAAUAACGAGCUUGAUGCCCAACUCAUUGCUGGAUCAUGGAGAUCAAUGGAGCUCAGCACCAAUCAUUCCAGUGACUUCACAGGAACUUCGAUACACCAAUCUCCAGCCGCAAGACAAACAUUCGCGCUCCCAUUUGUGACAUUUGGGACUGGAUUUCCAUUUUUUGCAACUCAGACCGGAAAAAGCGACAUCGAAUCUGAUGCUCAAUCCAUGAUGAUCCUACCAAAGAUGAAAUUCUUCCUAGUCGUAGUGUUGCUUGUUGUUUGCACCGGGUGCACAAUCCUUGCCCAGCAGUCUCCUGAAAGCCAAGACGGGAACUUGAGCUCAGAAUCAGAUCACCAAGGCCUUACCCCGGACACGUUCCGAAAAUUGGCAGAAGCUCUCUAUCAAAGAGGGGAAAAGGUCCAGAACCGACUUAAGAGGAACUGGUUAACCAACACCAAUGUCACGUGUAAUGAUGGCAGUCCCUCAGGGUAUUACCUCCGAAGAAACUACCAAAGCAAGAGGUGGAUUGUGUUUUUGGAAGGUGGUUGGAUUUGUUUCGACCGAGAGAGCUGUAUGCAGCGAGCGUCUCGCGAGCCUCAUCUUGUCUCCUCCAGCCAUUGGCGGGCAAUUAAAUCUGUCGGCGGAAUCCUCUCUUCCGACCCCGAAGACAACCCUCAUUUCGCUAACGCCAAUCAUGUUUACGUGCCAUACUGCAGCUCUGACUCCUGGUCCGGAACCAAGACAGGGUCCAAGAGGAGUCCCGCUUUCAUGGGGCAUUUAAUUGUCAAGGAGGUGAUUCGUGAAUUGUCUGAUUAUCACCAACUUCUUCACGGUGAAGAACUAUUCUUGAUGGGAAGUAGUGCUGGAGGCACGGGGGUUCUCUUGAACAUCGAUUCAGUGUCGCAAACUCUGGCGCCAGCUGGCAUUCGAGUUCGUGGGAUAGUGGACUCGGGGUGGUUUUUGGACAACGAUCCUUUCUCCACCGAUUGUCAAGCCUCGUCUGGCAAGUGCUCCGUGAUUCGUGAUCUCCAAAAGGGCGUCAAAAUGUGGAAUGCCAAUGUGCAACGAGAUUGCUCAAAAGCGUUCAAAGGCGAAGAGUAUAAAUGCUUCCUUGGCUACAUGGUUUAUCCAUUCAUUCAAACACCCCUGUUUAUCUUCCAAUGGCAGUUUGAUAAGUUCCAACUACAUGCCAACAAUGUCGACAUACCGGCUUCUCAGGAUCAAUGGAAGUAUAUUCAUCAGAUGGGUGAAAAUCUGCGCUCCUCCUUGGGAACCGUCAAUGCCGUAUUUUCUCCAGCCUGCAUCGCCCAUGAAAUCCUCACCAAGGGAGAAUGGAAGAAUAUCACGGUGAAUUCCGUUACCUUGCCCAACGCCAUUAAGUGUUGGUCAGAGUCCCUGCCCAAGGACAAGCCAAUGUUUGCCCAAGCUGAGGAGGGCGUUCAAGUCUUAAAAGCCUAUGCCCAAGUCAAAGAGGAUUACUUUCAAGCUCAACACGAGAGAGGCAAUAACUACAUGUACCAAGCAACACAAAUGUUAAGUCGAGGAUCUUCGGCCAUGAUGGCUGAUGCUACUCAUUUACCAUACAAGUUAGCGGGCAAUCUUGUUCGAUCUUUACCUUAUUCGCGUGAAAACUCCCGGAACAGCCUGAGGAAUAACAAUCAUCGAGUGCGUCACACGAACCCCAAAAUCUACGACAAUCGCACGAACGGUGGUGGGGAAAGAUCCAGAUCCCGGAUGACUCGACGCGAGCGCAGGAAAUGUCGGAAACAUCCCGAAAAAUGUCAUUAUCAAAUCUCCAACGGCUAUCUGAUUCGAAGCUUGGACAGGAGAAGCAACCGGAAAGAGAAACAAGGCAAAGAGAAGAAGAAACUCACCAAAGAGGAGAGGAGCAAACGUCGAGAACGCCGAAUGAGACGGCGAGAACAAAAAAAGGCCAGGAAGGCCGAACGCAGAAGGUUAAAACGUCAACGCCGACAGGAAAGACUAGCCAGAAGGAAAACGCGUCAACUGCAACGGAAUGCCAAGAGAUCGUCGGAGAGCACAACCCCAAGAUCUUCAAGGAGUUAUGACGAAGAGAGAGACGCUCUUCUUGAAGCACAGCAGCAUCAUUUAAAAGUUAGGAGUGUUAGAUCAACACCUUCGCCCGACAGUCAUACACCUUCACCCUCCAAUUCUGAGGAGGAUCAGUCAUUUUGCGCCCUUCGGCUCGUGGAAACAUGCAGCUUUCCCCAUUGCAAUCCCACAUGUCCUGUUUUGCUAAGUUCAGACUCAGGUCAAGAAAUUGAUUUACUCACGCUAUUUCAAUCCUUUGGGCUGGAUAUAGCCGGAAUGGCCAAGGCGUUGAAUGUCGGAAUGAGUGACCUCCAAGACAUGGACCGCGAGGAUAUCAUCAGUCUUCUGGCCUUAAGGUCGCAAAACUAAUUCACCGUCGAUGUUUUGCUGUUAUUGCUAUUGUUCGAGACGUUGGUUUAUCGAAGCAACCACACUGACCGUUCAUGGCAGAUCAUAUUCAUCGGGCGAGCAGAAGCGCCGCAAUUGGUCACUUAGAUUAGAACGAUGUUGUUAUGAUCUCAACGCAAGUGCACACCAAUGAAGACGAAGACGAAGAAGAUGAUAUUCGGGCAUGAUGUACACAAAAGUGUCCAAACUGUUUAGCUGUGAUUCCAAAAAGACGCCGAGAAUGUACAAAGGAGCCUUAUCUCAGAAACAUUAUUCUUGAGUUGAUGUAUUAUUUAUCUUAUUACUAUUCUACGAGUCUACGCAUUUUAUAUGAAUGCAUCAUAUUUUUGUCAAACAAAGGCCAAAGGCAUAAUAACCACGAAAAUAAAAAACUGCCCUGUCCGAAA